AUGUCGAGCACAGCAGCACCGAUGAUGACCAAUGAUCCGCUCGGAGCCUAUCGUGGAGUGAGGGUCGACUUGACUGAGUUGCAGCAUCAACACGUACCAUCAAGCUCCUCCUCAACAACCAACGGUAACUCUAAUACUCGCCAACAACAUCAACAACAAUAUUAUCCGAACCAAGAUGAUGAUGAAAUGAUAAUGAAUACAACCACUCAAGAAGAUGAAUUAAAUCAAUCAUGGAAUCAUCAAAGUAGUGAUGGUAACGGAAGAAGGAAUUUAUUUGGCCGCUUAUCCAAUUGGUGGUCUUCAAGAACCAAUAACAAUUCUUCAUUGCUGAGUACAAAUACCCAUCAAGCACAAUCGCCGCAACAUCAAGCUGCAACCCAUGACGAAACCAGCAACGAACAGAGACCACAACAAGAUCCAUUUCAAGUGGAUGAAUUAUUGACUCCCGAUAAUUAUAACGCCAUUUCGAGAAGAAGGACGAUCAGAAUUGUAAUUUUAAUUGGUCUUGUAACUGCCAUUAUUGCAGCUCAUGCAAUUAUAAUGUUUGUUGUGAUGAUUGCCUCCAAACAAAGCACAACAAAUGAUGGCACUGGUGGAGAUAAUUCCAACAAUGGUGGAGAAACAGGUGGCGAAACAAGUGACACCCGUCGUGUUUUUAUGUAUUUUCUAACCAUUCCUAAUGCAAUCAUUUUGUCUUGCUUGUUAUGUUGUUGUGGAUGCAUUUGUGCAAAGAGAUUAUUUACCCUUUAUUUAAAUUAUAGCUCAUCUUCAUUUGCAAGACGAAUGAAAACUUAUUUAUUGAGACAUGGAUUAUUACAAUAUGAAGGAAGUAACGACGAGGAGUAUUGGGAUCCUGAAGAAAUUUCUCAAAGACAUCAAAGACUUUUACAAAUGCUUCAACAACGUGGAAUUGACAUUAGCUCAUUACGGCUCAUGAUGAUUGAUCGAGAUUUCAAUGAACAAGAUUAUGAAACACUACUUCAAUUAGAGCAAUACAAUCAACAACCAGCAGGUCUUUCCGAGAGUGCCCUUGCACAACUGCCAGUUUUCAAAAUACCUCAACUCGAACCACCACUCGUAGAAAAAUCCAAUGACGAUUCCCAUCUGUAUGACCAUCAAGAUUCGGACGAAAUUCUACUUCGUAAUCCAGCUGGAUCUUCCUCAACAUCAUCCAACAAUAAUUCUUCAUCAUCCAUUGUAAAUACUCAACAUGGUCAUCAGCACCACACUUCAGAUUCCUCAAUACCUGAAUGUUCACAAACAUUGGCUAGAGAGCUUCUCGAUGAGACAUGCUGCAUUUGUUUGAGCAAGUAUGAAUGUGGGGAAGUGGUUUGUACAUUACCAACAUGUCUACAUCGAUAUCACAAAGAUUGUAUUCAUCAAGCUUUACGAAUGAGAAAUCAGUGCCCAAUAUGUAAAACAGCAAUUUAA